AUGUCCACCGAAGAGAUAACUAUGGAGGAGUCUUCGUCUGCUCAAAUGCCAACCGAGCCAGCAGCCAUGGCUUUGGAAAACAAGAAACGGCCACGAUUGGAUGUGUCCGACACACAGAAGCGCAAACGCGGUAUGUUUGGCGUCCUCUUGGGAACCCUCAAGCAAGCGAAACAAGAGGAUAAAGAGCGCAACGCGAGCGAGGCGGCUAAAAAACGGCAACUUAUUGACCAAAGACUACAGAGCAAACUAAAAAAAGAAACUGAUUCUGUCAGGAGGGCCGAAGAAGCGCGUAAAGACAAGCUGACGGCCAACCGCAAGGAAGAGGAUCUGCAGCUCAAAGACUCCAUCUAUAAGCUUAGGCGGUCGCGCCUACCGCUUCUUGCCAACUUCCUGCUCACUUCGGAUAUCAUUCCCCCCACAUCCUCAGAUGACGACCCAGCACCUCUCCCGCUUCCAUUUGCCACAGUACCUCGUGGCCACCCCCCGCCUCUUUACUACCUUCCUGCCGUCUUAACUCCCGCACAAGAGUCCUACAUCUCGCGUCGAAAGGCUCAGAUCCUAGAGGCUGUUGAUAACGAGUAUACGGCCUUUCUCGGGGAGCGAACGACAGGUAUUGCCGAGAUACUGGAACUUCGCAAGGCAGUCGCAGAUGAGGAGGCUCGGAAACGGGAAGCCAAGUCAGUGGAUGGUGUCAACCAGGAGUCCGCGAACAGCAAAUCUCUACCACAAGCUGAAAUGGAAGUCGAUGACCAUGAUAGCGCAACUUUGGGCUCUAAGGAUGCGGAGGAGGAGACGGAAAAAAAGGAAGAACUCCCAGCAGAUGGCGACGACGCGGUUGAGUAUUAA